AUGCGUUUGAGAGGAGCAUGUCCCACUCGAGGUGACAGAAGGCAGGUCCGAGAGUCGUCGAGGAGAAGCGAACUGUAUUACUGGAUCUGCGGGUGCGCUGUAAUCCAAAGAAAUUCCACCCGUAAUAGGGAUCGUCUACUACUUGGGUGAGGCUCAACAGGCAUUAAUUGCUGAGGCCUGAUUGUCCUGAUGUUGGGCAAUGGCUGGCUGCACGUGCUCCUCUCGUGUCCGAUUCCUCCCAUGCCAGAUAUACAAUUUGCAUCUCCUCGUCCCUCCCUCCCUCUCUCCCCCCCCUCCCUCCGGCUUCCCGAUUCACCGUCUGCACUGGAAGGUAGAAGUAGUAGCUGGAGAAAGAGACGAGCUCACCAGACUAGCACUGCUCUCUGCCUUCCUCACUCGCGGUCCAGUCAAGUCCAAGGCUCGUUUGUUCUCCAGCCCUUCCGACUCGCUGCCACAUUACCUGCGGCUGAAUUACCGGAAGCUGGAGAGCAAACGCAUUGAUUGACUGACGAGCCGUAUUACCGUCCGUAGGCUUCGUUUCGUCCGCUUUUGCUUUCGUAGGUGGGCUGCACUAACGAGCGUUGAAAGUGUUCCAACGACCUCUGCUGUCUUCGUCCCCCUUCGUACUGCCAGGUAUGUGACCACAUUCGGAUCUCGAUUUCUUAUUCUCUGCUUGUGACGGCGCUUCGAGGUGCACAGCCACAGUAGCAGGAGCAGCAGCAACAGACGCAGAGUUCUGGUUCACAUUCGUAGCAUUAGUGUGGGAAUACCGAAUUCGGGAGUUUCAAGAUCGUCCUGAGCGUUCCAGAAUGGCCGGUGUGGAGGCCAAAACCGAAGUUCCCGUCGAGGAAGUUCACGUCAACGGAACUGCAAAGCAAGAGACUUCCGAGACUUCGACCACCACAACUGAGGAGGCCUCCACGAAGAGUGAUGAGCAAAGUACGACGAAAGUUGUGAAGACCGCAGCGAAGGGCAGGCACGCCGGCGUGGGCGAGAAGACCAUCCUGAGAAAUGUCGGCCUCAUGGAGUACAUAUUGGAGUCGUCCGUUUACCCCAGGGAGCAUGAGCAGCUGAAGGAGCUGCGACUGGAAACCGCAAAGCACCCCUGGAACAUGAUGCUGUCUCCCGCCGAUGAGGCCAGAUUCCUCCAAGUCUUGCUUAAGCUCAUGAAUGCCAAGAAGACCAUGGAGAUCGGCGUGUACACUGGAUACUCCUUGCUGGCCACUGCCCUCGCCAUUCCUGAGGAUGGAGAGAUCAUUGCUAUGGACAUCAACAGAGAUUGUCUGAAUGUCGGAUGGCCGUCUAUUGAGAAGGCCGGAGUUGCGCACAAAAUUGACUUCAGGGAGGGUCCAGCUUUGGAACUCCUGGAUGUCAUUCUCGCAGAUGAGAAGCAUCACGAUAGCUUUGACUUUAUUUUCGUCGAUGCCGACAAGAACAACUACAUUAACUACCACCCGAAGUUGCUGCAAUUGGUGAAAGUGGGUGGAUUGAUAGCUUAUGACAACACCCUGUGGAAUGGUACCGUUUCUAUGACUGACGCGGAAUUGGAAGAGCAUCCCAAGUACGUGAGACACUACAAACCCUUCAUCAUGGAGCUCAACAAGUUCUUGGCAGAAGAUUCGAGGAUCGACCUUUCUCUCGUUUCCAUUGGCGAUGGUAUCACCCUUUGCCGCAGAGUGGUAUGAUCGACUCACCAGGUUUUCCAUCCUAGAUUGGUGAGAAACCCAAUUGUGGAAGGUUUCCGGUCAGCAUAUCUGAAGCUUCAGUUUAUCAGCUUUUACUGUCACAGGCCUGAACUUCUGUGAGCACGCGGAAAGUUUCCCGUCGCCCCUGUAGUUUUCACAUUAAUCUGCAACCAGUCCACGUCCUCGAACUCUACUUCUCGAAGGUGCCAAUUAUAUGAAGCCCAGGUUGGUUCGCAAAUAAUGAUGCGACCUAGGGAACUUAAGUUCUUUCGUCCCCAAAAUUAUUUCCUUUACCAACCCCCUUGUUGGCACCGCUCACCAGUCCCAUUUGGCAGAUGGAGAGGUUGGCAUUCACCUGCAUUCAUUGGGGCGCUUACCGCUUCAUAUUGAAGCAUGAAUUCCGGUCGUCUAUUGCCUUUCAUCGUCUUAGAUAACCUGAACACCAGAGGAUUGAUGAAAUGUGAGAUAUUCCAUUGAAGAGUAUGGUUUAUGAUAGUUGAUUGAAUUAGAUUUGAAUGUGGACUAUGACUGGCGAGUUCCAUAGCAAAAGAAGGUGAGGUUGUCACAAAGCAUAGUGACGUCGAUUUAUUCACACGUACCUCUAUAUUAGAGGGAAUUAUGUAUACAAACAAGAUUUGAAAACAUUGCGACAUUUACUG